GAAUAUUUUUCACGCUUGAAGAUCGGUAUGGUGUCCAACUAAACGCUCAAGAGGCAGAUCCGGAUAGGCGGUGCGGCUAGAUCGAGUCUCAUGUUGGUUCUCAAGAAUUCAAUCUCUCUUCAUCCCACGCGGAACUUUCACUGGGGUUCCAGCUUCAACAAAAAAUCAGCAGAAUCAUGCUAUUGGCCGGCUCGUCUCUCCAAAAAUCCCCACAGCCCUCGACCACCUCACCAACAUCGCCGCGGCAAUUCAAACCCCAGCUCCCUCCCAGCCUUCACAAGCCUCGCAACUCUCUCCCGCUCCUGCUCUUCCAAGUACGCUACCAGCGCCUGGUCAUCCGCGUUCCUCGCCUCGAGUGCCGACACUGUCAGACGAAUUUCCGACUUGUCUGACCGUUUCGAUGCCGGGGUUCUACCCACGCAACUAGGGCAAUCAACAAAUGCUGCUGACCCAAACAUGGCCAAAGUCACCUUGAAUCCGAUGAGAACCGAUGUCCACUAUCUUGCCGACUGGCUUCACAUUGAAACCCAUUCUCCGACAUAAUCCCCAUUCCCUAUGGUAAUCCAAAGUCCUAGUGUAGGUACGUACAAAUCACGUGUCAAAUCUUGGCAAACUCAAGGCCGAAAGAUGCACCACAGCGUCUCACAC